AUGGAUUUCUUGGGCAGUAUUGUGCGCAAGAAGCUACAAAAUCUGCACGCGAUGUCUCCUCAGCCCCAUGUUGCUGCUCUAAUGGACGUCAUCCGCGAAGAGGUCUGGCAGCUGGUGCAACUCAUGAUGACCCUGCGUCCAGCCAAAGCUCCGUUAGUAACGUACGCGGAAGCAUUACGUACUCCUGCACCAGCUGUCGGCUAUCUGUCCUGUCCGUCCACCCUGCAGACGGUGCUGUCGUUCUACUCAGGACCACCGCAAAUGCUCGUCAACCCAGUGAUGCUUCCACCUCCUGCGGCUGGUGACGGGCCGGCCGCCGGGGGCCUCAGUGUAGCGGAGCUGCGUGCAGUGGCUCUGAGGCAGCAGCAACAGUUAGGCAUGCAGCAGCAGCAGCUGGUGGCCCGCGAGCAGCGGUUGCGGUUCCUACGCAGGCCCCGCACGAGCCUCAAGGAACUGAAGCUACGACGUCUGAGGGCUCAGCUAGACCAGCAACAGGCUGGAAAUGCCAGUCUUGCGGCUGAGCUGGAGGCCGUGCGGGCUCUGUUCUCGGCCAAGGAGAAAGAGCUGUCGGUGGCGGCCGCCAAGGUGGAGGAGCUCACCCGGCAGCUGGAGGAACUGCGGCGAAACUCGAGCGGUGCCAACGGCAGUGUCGGAGUCACAUCUGCCACAAGUGGAACGGACAGGGCACGACACGAGAUGCUUAUGGCACGAGCCCAGCGUGCGGGGCAGCAGCGAGAACAGCUCGCUCAGCGCCAGGCGGAGGUGCAGGCCCUGGAUCGUCGCAUCGCGGAGCUGCGCCAGCGGCUGCACAAGAAGCGCCUACACAACAGCCAGCAGCAGCAGCAGUUGGCGCAGCAGCAGCAACAGCAGCAACUCGCGGCGCAGCAGCUGACAGUGGUGGCUCCCAGCAACGUGCGACCCGGUGGCUGCGGAGCAAGCGGUCCCCCACCCCCACUCCUGCUCGCUGCCAACGUGGCCGCGGUGGAGCCCCGGCCGCGCUCGGACCCCAAGUACCAGACACUGCCGUACAACACCAAGUUCCGGCCCGCUCCGCCCCUGCAGCCUCCGCCCCCUCCUCCUCCGCUUCCUCCGCCAAAUAGGCAGCCGGAGGGUUCAGCUGCAGCCACUGAGGAAAACAGCCCUCCAGACCAAAAGAAGGCCAAAGAGGCGGACUCGGCUCCGGAGGCCAUGGUGGAAGCAGUCGCCGACGACUCUCCGCCGCUCAUUUGCCGCUCGGAGCCACGAUCUGUCGCCAUGGACGGUGCUCCUCCCAGUCCACCCGAGAGCAGCGACAGCGAGGAGGAAAAGGAAGAGACGAGGAAUGCACCUGACAGGGACCAAGAGCAAGUGAAAGAGGACCAGCAGCCUCAGCAACAUACGGUGUCUGGUGAAGGAUCUGCGAGCGAGACAGACGGGUCACAAAGUCAGCCAGUGGCACUGCCAGAACCACAGCAACGUCCAGCCCGAGGCAACCUGCGCUCUUCGGGCAGCACGGGUGGCAACGGGGGUCGCCGUAAGAAGGGACCCCAGCGAGUGAGCUUUGACCCUUUGGCCCUGCUGCUGGACGCUGCCCUUGAAGGAGAGCUGGACCUUGUGCGCACCACGGCUGCACAGGUUCCCAACCCAAGUGCAGCUAACGACGAGGGCAUCACCGCACUACACAAUGCCAUCUGUGCGGGUCACCUAGACAUUGUCAAGUUCCUGGUUGAAUUCGGCUGUGACGUCAAUGCACAGGACAGUGACGGCUGGACGCCCCUGCACUGUGCAGCAUCUUGCAACAACCUGGCCAUGGUGCGCUUCCUGGUGGAGCACGGCGCGUGCGUAUUUGCGGCAACACUGAGUGACCAUGAGACGGCUGCUGACAAGUGCGAGGAAGACGAGGAAGGGUUCGACAGCUGCUCCGAGUACCUCUACGGUGUCCAAGAGAAACUCGGCGUGAUCAACGGAGGCGUGGCAUACGCUGUGUUUGACUACGAGGCGCGGCAGCCGGACGAGCUGACCUUCGGGCAGGGGGACAUGGUGCAGAUUCUCCGCCGUGGAGGAGCAGAGGGUGAUACGGAGCAGCCUUGCGGCUGGUGGUGGGCAAGGCUCCGCGAUGGCCGCGAGGGAUACCUACCACGGAACCUGCUUGGGCUUUACCCAAGAGUGCAGCCUUGCCGUCCAAGUCCAGAGGAGUGAGCCUGUGGCCAUCAAUUUCUCCGCCAAAAAGUAUUCUGCCUUAAACAACAGUGUGCCUUUGUCACACCUUGUUGAGGACACAAGUGCUGGGACCCGUUGAAGCAGCAAGAGUGUGCAUUGUAGCCACUCGUAAAACAGUAUAAACAGGGACCAGUAUGCAAACGCAAUAAAACAAUGUGUGAGCAUAAAAUCA